CCUGAGAAAAAGAAAUACCAUCAUCUUCUUCCAACAAAGAAGUCACUAUAAGCACUCAAAUCCACUUUCCCCUUUUCUUUUACGUCAAAGAAAAAAUGGCGGAUAUGCCGAUGGACAUCAUCACCGAUCUCUUCCUCCGUCUCCCGGCGUCGACGCUAGUCCGAUGCCGAGUCCUCUCCAAGCCCUGCUUCUCUCUAAUCGACAGCCCCGAUUUCAUCUCCUCUCAUCUCCACCACACGCUCGAAACCGGAGACCACCUCAUGAUCCUCCUCCGAGGACCUCGCCUCCUCGUCACCGUAGACCUCGAUUCGCCGGAUAAAGUCUCUGACGUCGAGCACCCCUUAAAAGCCGGCGGUCUAACCGAGGUUUUCGGUUCUUGCAACGGUUUAAUCGGUUUAUCGAACUCCCCGACGGAUAUGGCUCUGUUUAACCCCUCCACGCGUCAGAUCCACCGGUUACCGGCUGAACCGGUUGAUUUCCCCGAAGGGUCGAGGACACGUGGGUACGUGUUUUACGGGUUGGGUUACGAUUCGGUUAACGAAGAUUACAAAGUCGUGAGGAUGAUUCAGUGCAAAGGAGGCGCAGCCGAUGAGCUUGUGUUCGGUUUCCCGUACGAGGUUAAAGUCUUUAGUUUGAAGAUGAACACGUGGAAGAGAGUCAAACGCCUUCUUCCCGCGAUUCAGCUACUGUUUUACUUUUACUACCAUCUCUUGUACCGUCGCGGGUACGGUGUGCUGGCUUGCAAUAGUCUUCACUGGGUUUUACCUAGACGGCCUGGACUUAUCGCGUUCAAUACUAUUAUAAGGUUUGAUGUUGCGGCAGAGGAGUUUGAGAUACUUACCUUCCCUGAGUCUCUUGCGCAUGAGAACAUCGACAUAGGGGUUCUCGAGGGUUGUCUUUGUUUGAUGUGUAACCGUGAGUUUACCUCCGUUGAUGUUUGGGUCAUGAAGGAGUAUAAAGUUGAAGGGUCUUGGAGUAAGGUGUUUAGCGUUCCGAAGCCGAAGAGUGUUGAGUCUUUUGACUUUAUGAGGCCUCUGCUUUAUUCAAAGGAUAGGAGGAAGGUUUUGAUUGAGGUGAAUAACGCGAAGCUUUUGUGGUUUGAUUUGGGGAGUAAGAGGUUGAGGACGCUUAGGAUAAAGGACUGUGAUAGUUCGUAUAGCGCGGAGUUGCUUGUGAGUAGCCUGGUUUUGGGGUGUAAAGGUGAUCCUAGUGAAGCUAAGAGAAGGAGAGAACGUCGAGCUUUGGAAGAUAAGAUGAUGCAGCAGAGGAGUAAGAGGGAUGAUUUUCUGUCAAAGGGGUUCAAGCUGGUGUUAUGAGCAAAGCAACGAGAAGUUUAAAAAUAAAAACCAAACCCAUGUAAGGUAACUGUAAUGAAUCUUUUUGGAAGUUGUAUAUAGUAUUUAGCUAUUUCAGGUGUAUAAUCUUUUUCUUCAGGUGGAAGUGAAGGUGGAAACGAAAUGGUGUUACUACUAACUCUCUUAACCUAUAUAUGUUUAAAAUAUGUGUAUGUAGAAGAUACGUGAUCUUUCUAUCUAGAGUUGUUCCACGACCGAACACAACAACAUAAAAGGUGUAAUAGAGUGGUUGACCAAACAAAAGAGUGUAAUAGAAUGAAUAUAAUAAUGGUAUAUGCGAACUAUGUUUGAGUCUUG